AAAUGACUGCCGGCUCUGUUUUAGCACCUCAAGUAAUACCACUUCGAAUCCCAAUAGCAGGCAAAGCUAAACAUGAAAUAGACACAAAUACAUUUGUAGAAAUCAAAUCAGAUACCCCUGAUGUUGCCAUAUAUUACACUAUAGAUGGAAGUAAACCAGAACUAUUUAAGAGAGUGGGUUAUGGAGACUGUAAUACUUUUAAAUAUAAAGGACCAAUCUUACUACCAGAUGGGAAAAUAACAGUCAAAGCACUGGCAGUCACCAAAGACUGCAGAGAGAGUGCUGUUGUAACAAAAGUAUUUGUGGUAGACUUUGUAACACCAAACAUAUAUCCACCUGAUGGAGAGGAUGAUAAACAUUUAUUGGAAAAUCUCUCUGGACAGGAUAUGGAAAAUGGAUUAUCUAAUUCAAGACUGGAAAAGAAUGUGAAUAAGGAAACCAAAUGGAAUGGUGUAGCUCAGGAAUAUCAAGGUGUGUCAAAAGAAAAAAGAUCUACGCCCUCACUGUCUGUUGGGCAGCAUCUACUCAACUUGAACACUCCACGUGAUAAAGAGGCCAGCCCUGCCACAUUGAUACCUGAGUCACAGCUUGCUAAUUCUGCUGUGAGUAAUAGAAGUCUCACCAGUUCUCAAGCAUUGAAAAUCCAGAGACAGAAAGGCUUCCUCAAGUGUACACAGUGCUUAGCUCCACGCUCGUUAGAUCCAUUUGCUCGUUUCUGUCAGGAAUGUGGUUUGUUGAUCCCACCUGUGCCUGGAUACAGCCUCCCAUGUCCUGAAGAAGCUCAGAUGGGAUUGUGUGCUGAAUGCCAAACUAUGGUGCCAAUGAACACACCAACUUGCAUUGUAUGUGAGAUGCCAAUAACUCCACAGUUGCAGCGUCCAGCAAGCACCUGGUUAAAGGCUAUAAUAUGCUUGGUGUGUGGAUCAGGAAAUCCAGUUCAUGCCAGGCAAUGUGUCAUCUGUGAGAACCAGCUUCCUGAAGCACAAACGCCUGCUUUUAGUAGAAAAGUGCCCUUACCGUGGUCCAGUCAUCAGCGAAAAACCAAAUCCUGUUCAAAGUGCGGCCAGGCUAAUGACCAGGAUGCUCAGUUCUGUGGCUGGUGUGGAGCAAAGGUGAGUCCUCCUCCGCCCUAUCUCGCUUGCUUCAAGUGUGGCGCAAGCAACCAUACAUGGGCACGAUACUGUGGCACAUGCGGUGCUCAUAUUGAGCCUCUUUACAGACAGGGCUGUGAUGACAAUAUCUUGUUGAGUGCUGGAGAUGGCUUUGUCAUUUCUGAGAAUAAUAGCUUACAGAAUUGGCGGCAACCUACUGUUCUGUUGCGCACAUCAAGACCUGAUCCACUCAGGAGAAAAGAGCAAGGGACCCAAACAGUUGGCUUAUUCUACCCAUCUGGGAAAUUCUUGGAGAAGAGAGAAUGUGAGCUGGUCUCUCAACAGGAAAAACAGCGCAAGAUGAGUGACCGCAAACCUCUGCUCACAGCCAUCAGUCCUGGAAGAGGCUACUGGAGGAAGCAACUAGAUCAUGUGUGUGAACACCUCAGAAGCUAUGCACAGAACAAUGUGGAGUUUAGAACUUUAAUUGGAGAGCCUCAGAUGGGAAAGCUUAUAUCUGCAACUGUCCAUGAGAAUGAAUAUCAAGUCAGUCUCCGACUAAAUUAUGCGCUUGCUGUAAAUAAGGAUACUCUGACCUAUAAACCAGCAACAUUUGAUUAUCAUAGUCGGAGUUCCCACAAAGGAGAUACAAAUGAAUUACAUGGAAGGAAAGCAAUCUUGGCAAGUGAAGAGAGUCAGAGAAUCUUGAGUCCCAGAGAGAAAAUCCAAAGAACGGCCAGAACAUGGAAAUGUCUAGAAAAGGAACACAGACUUUCUAGUGAAUCCAGGCAGCUGCUGAAGGAAGUUGGUCCAGAAGGCGAGGGUCAGCCUUUUCUGGUGGAGCAACUGAUUGAUGAGGGAGCAGAUCCAAACUGCACCAAUGAUCAUGACCAAGCUGUUUUAACGUUGGCUGUCCUGAACAAGCACCGUGAAGUCAUCCCUGUUCUUGUGCAGAAAGGCGCAGUUAUUGAUCAUCAGUCAGGACCGUUAAACAACACAGCUCUUCAUGAAGCCGUCUUGCUGGGACUGGAGGGACUGAGUUGCACAGAAGCAUUGCUAGGAUGUAACGCAAAUAUUAAAAUGAAGAAUGCCAAAGGAUUGUCCGCCUAUGAUUUAGCCCUGAAGAGCAACAAUGACAAAAUAGUCUCCCUGUUUGCUAGUAAGCUAGGGCAGGGGAUAUUGGACCACAUGUAAAGUAGCCAAGCAGGGUCCAAGUAACGGCUGAUUAUGAAAUCCUCAAAAAGAAUUGAUUUGAAAGAAA